UACACUUUGAGAGACAGCAUUGAGAGCAGCUGUAGUAUUGCUUUACUGCGAGCACUGCUGGCUUCUGUACUGUCCUCCAGCAUCUGCUUCACCAUCAUCCUGCUCUCCUUGGGUCUGAGGAGCACUCGGCUCUUCUGUCACUUUCUCAAUGAGCUCGUGGGUCACUGAGGAUUACUGGAAGACACUGGGAGCUCUUUUUGGUGCUAAUGGGUUACAGAGGCUCAUCCUGAUCCUUUAAUCCAUCUGGCUAAUUGGACCAAAGGUUAUGAUACAAAAGUGAAUGCCGGAUGACCUGACCCCAGAGGAGAAGCAGGAGCUGGAGAACAUACGGCGGCGUAAACAGGAGCUGCUUGAGGAUAUCCAGCGGCUGAAGGAUGAGAUAGCAGAGGUGACGAAUGAGAUUGAGAACCUGGGAUCCACUGAAGAAAGGAAAAACAUGCAGAGGAAUAAACAGGUGGCCAUGGGCCGAAAGAAAUUCAACAUGGAUCCUAAAAAGGGGAUCCAAUUCCUCAUAGAGAAUGACCUACUGAAGAAUACCUGUGAGGACAUUGCUCAGUUCCUUUAUAAGGGUGAGGGCCUCAACAAGACAGCCAUUGGGGAUUAUCUAGGUGAAAGAGAUGAGUUCAAUAUUGAAGUACUUCAUGCCUUUGUGGAACUUCAUGAAUUCACAGACCUCAACCUGGUCCAGGCCCUAAGACAGUUCUUGUGGAGCUUCCGGUUACCAGGUGAAGCUCAGAAGAUAGAUCGCAUGAUGGAGGCUUUUGCCCAGCGUUACUGUCAGUGCAACCCUGGAGUCUUUCAGUCUACAGAUACCUGCUAUGUUCUUUCAUUUGCCAUCAUCAUGUUGAAUACCAGCCUGCACAACCCUAAUGUAAAGGACAAGCCUUCAGCAGAGCGCUUCAUUUCUAUGAACAGAGGCAUCAACGAUGGGGGAGACCUACCAGAGGACCUACUUAGGAACCUGUAUGAGAGUAUCAGGAAUGAGCCCUUUAAGAUACCAGAGGACGAUGGCAAUGACCUCACACACACGUUCUUUAACCCGGACCGUGAGGGUUGGCUUCUGAAACUAGGAGGUGGCAGAGUAAAAACGUGGAAAAGAAGGUGGUUCAUUUUGACUGACAAUUGUCUCUACUACUUUGAAUACACCACAGAUAAAGAACCAAGAGGGAUCAUUCCUCUGGAAAAUCUCAGCAUUAGAGAAGUAGAGGAUUCAAAGAAACCAAACUGUUUUGAGCUCUUCAUCCCAGACAAUAAGGAUCAAGUGAUCAAGGCCUGCAAGACUGAGGCAGAUGGGCGGGUGGUGGAGGGGAACCACACGUUUUACAGAAUCUCAGCACCAACCAUUGAGGAAAAAGAGGAGUGGAUCAACAGUAUCAAAGCUGCUAUCAGCAGAGACCCUUUCUAUGAAAUGCUCGCGGCCAGGAAGAAGAAGGUGUCAUCUAUAAAGAGGCCGUAGAUCUCUUACAGACUUUGGACCUCAUAUAUAUUUUCUUAAGGUUGAACAAAGAACAUUUAACUAUGGACCUGAAAACGGGCCUGUGGUUUGGGAAGUGGACAAUUUAAACCCAAAAGCCAUAAGCCUAAACUGGACAUUUCCUCCUCAGGAACGCCCUGGUAUUUUGAGAAUAAGUUAACCGCACUGAGAGUUUGUCUGAGCCAUAAGUCUGUUUUCAUGAAUUGUUCUCAUGAACAUGUUUAUCAGGACUCCUUCUGUGCUUCUGAUGUGAACGUGGAGCACAUGCACAAACAGAGCCUGAAUCAGGUGCACUUGGUGCAGCUGGCAGGUUAGUUUUACGGCACUGUACAACAGGGGAUUUUGAACGACAAACAUGUAAGAAAAUGCAUGUAAAAUAUGCUUGUUUACUCUGCAGUGAAUUGGAAAAAACUCAAAGCUGCUGUUGGGCACUAUUUUGUGGAUUCCUGUUUGGAGCUUUAAAAUAUAUAUAUCAUCUCAACUCAGCAGGUCUGACUGAAUGUGGCAUCUGUUUUAUAUCCUAGCUACGGAGAUAAACCUUCCUUUCAGUUUUCUUUGAUACAUGUAUAGAUGAAGGAAACGUACACUUAUUUUUACACAACCUCUGAGGUAUCUGAAAAACCUUUUCUGCAUUUCUGUAUUUUUCAGCUUCCAUAACUACAUUCAAGUGACUUUUGGCUUGCAGUACUUUUUGCUUUGAUUUUCUGCAGCUUUUUCAAACAAGAAUUAUUUUAUUUUUUGUUUUGGGGGAGACAUUUGCAUUUUCUCAUAUCUGCCAAAACAUUUUUGUUUGCCUGCAUUACAUUAUAGAUUUCUAUACCAGCUUGAUGAAAUAAGAACCUUGUAACAGCAGCCUGAUCCUUCCAUGUGGAUGUUGCAGUAGGCAUUGAAGGAACUAGCAUAUUUCUGUUUUUGUUUUAGUUUGUCAUGGUCCAUUUACAUACUUUGGAGCACAUCUUGUAGACUGGAAAUCUAAAAUGACUUUUGAUCUGAGAUGGAUGAAGAAAACCACUGAUUCAAAGUAUGUUUAUUUUCCCUAAGAUGUAUUAUAUGAAAUAAUGCUUUGUUGAAUUUUUGUUGAAUUUCUUAGCCAUGUUGUUGGUGUGGAUGUCGCUCAGUACAAGAUAUUUCAAUGUGUAAGCCAUAGUGUGUAUUUUUUUUUUUGUUCAAGUGCACUGAUAAAAGGCCAUGUUAAAAUACAAUUUAAUUUAUCAAUGCUGUAUAAAGAAUUUUUUUUGUCAGAAUGUGUGUUGGUUUGUAUGUUUGUAUAAAAGUAUGGGUUUGAGAGGAACGUUCAUUUGCUGUUGGAUUUUCACCAUUGCCAUGUAAUCUUGUGCUGAAAUAAAACUGGUACAUUGCAAAAAACCAAAACAAAACAGUUAAU